AUCACGUGGGCCUAAUCACGAGGGCAGCUUGAUCACGGCAGUGGCGGGAGAAGAGGUAAGCUAGUUACUUUUCGUAGAUGCGUCGCGUUGUGCGGGUUAGGCAGCGAAAGGUCGCGCGGGCAGGGGGCAGGCAGUGGAUGACGACGGAAUGAGCGGAUUGUACGGCGGAUUUGUGCACAUCGGCGUGUUAACUGCUGGCAAAGACUCUUUUGUAGGCGCGUCUCGCGAAUCCCGGGGGGGCGUUGGACUGCGAACGUCGAGGCGCGAGCGACCGACGGAGAAGGAUGCUGUCGUGAAUACCACGGUAAAUAAUCAACCAGGACGUUAGAUAGUCCCGCGACCUGGCCUCCGGGCGAGAGGGAGAGGCGGGCCAUCGACACGACGGAUAAACGCGAUAAAACAAUGUUGUGAGUCACCGGAGCCGCUGGGAGCAAUUCUCCGCGUCGCGCGCGAGGUGACGGGCGAGAGGAGAGAACGAUGCCGCCUCUGCGUUAGAUAAGACAUACUAAUCGCCCGCGAGACCGCCGCCCCAGGAGCAAUGGACGAUGAACAGCCGGCGAGGGAGGCCAACAAGAUCUGCGGAGUUUGCGGCGACCGGGCGCUCGGCUACAACUUCAACGCGGUCUCCUGCGAGAGCUGCAAGGCCUUCUUCCGCAGGAACGCGUUAAAGAACAAGGACUUUCGGUGUCCCUUCACGGAGAACUGCACCAUCACGCCCGUGACCAGACGCUUCUGCCAAAAAUGCCGCCUGGACAAGUGUUUCAGUAUCGGCAUGCGCAAGGAGUACAUCAUGUCUGAGGAGGACAAGGUCCUGAAGCGCAAGAAGAUCGAGAAGAACCGCGCCAAGAAAAGAUCCCAGUCCGACAAUGUCAAAGCAUCGAAGAUCAAGAAAGACUGCAUGGAUAGCACGUUCGAGGACACGUCGAUGUCCGUCAAUUCGGUAGCGUCCACAAUGUCGGAGACGUACUUCUGGGAGUCCGAUCGCAAGUACGCGGACUUGGACGGCAACAGGCAGAACGUGGUGGAAAGCAUGAGUCCGGUGACGGCAGCCAGCGUGCCGAGUCCCUCCAGUCCACCUGAGAGCACGAAUAUCGCCGAGACGAAGACGCUGGACAUGCUGAAGGAGGCUGCUCAUGGCUCAAAGUCCAACUUCGUCAGCCGUACGAGACUCGCCGACUUCAAUGUGAUGCCUCAUAGCGUGGAAAAAGAUAAGGAUUCUCCCACGAGUUCAGGAAAGUACGAGCAGGACACGCUGGAGUUUAACUCCACGUUUGUCAAUACUAACGGCGAGUCGCCGAAGUACAAUUCUCAGUUCGAGGAGAACGCGUCUAGUUAUUUCAAGUUCGAGCAAAGUCACGAGCCGAACUCCAACGCGUAUGUCGUUCGCGUCUCGUUCACCGGCACGAGUCAGUCCGACUCGAGCUUAACGUCGCAGUCUAUCAAGGAAGAGGCGACGAUAUGUCAGAAGUCCAAAGAAACGUGUUCGAGCGGGAACAAUCUGGUCGCCAAGUUCAAGCAAGAUCCUGAAUUGCUCUCCAAGUUCAUCAGCAAUCCGAACUUGGUCGCGAAGAUAUUCCAAGACCAGCGAGUGAUCAUGAAGAUCAUGAUGGACCCCGAUUUGGCCACGUGCUUCGCGGCAGACCCGCAUAUCACGCAGUUCUUAAAGGAAAACGGCGCGAUCGAUGCAACCGACGAGCGCACUGACGAGUGUAACGUCGAAAUGGUACAGCAAUCGGAAACCCCGAAAAGUGACAGUAUCUCGAGUAGCAGCGGUACCACGACUAGGCUGAAAUUCAAAGGUAAUCAUGUGGAAAAUCCAAUCCUGACGGAUUUAAUCACGAAUCGCAACGCGGAAGAGUGUAAGAAUCAAAACUCGGAGUCCGUUACCAGCGCAGAUUGGAGUAAAAAUCCAGCCGAUGUCACUAGGGAUGUUCUUCAGGAUGUUCAGAGGAUACCGAUUGCUGCUAACUCCAUCGAGUCCAUUCUGUGUGAGGCUAUCAAGUUAGAAUAUUCAGCGUUUUCUAGUCUUGGCGUGAAUCAAAGCAGUAGGGAAUUAAAUGACGCCGAGAGAGCGAAAUUAAAUGAGCUGAUAGUUGCCAAUAAAGCAUUGUUAGCUCCGUUAGAUGACGACAUAACGAAUUUAGUCGGCGACGAGUGCAAAUUCAAGAAUAAUUUCGGACAAUCCGACCCAAUGCUGUUGGACGUUAUAAAUUUGACGGCUAUAGCAAUUCGACGGCUGAUAAAAAUGGCGAAGAAGAUAAACGCCUUCAAAAAUAUGUGUCAAGAGGAUCAGUUGGCUCUGCUGAAAGGCGGUUGCACGGAGAUGAUGAUCCUAAGAUCGGCUAUCAAUUACGAUCCGGACAAAGACAUGUGGAAGAUACCCCACAGCCAAGAGAGCAUGUCGAAUAUUAAGGUCGACGUUCUGAAGGAAGCGAAGGGAAAUCUAUACGCGGAGCAUGCGAGAUUCGUCCGGACGUUCGAUCCACGAUGGAGAGACGAAAACAUCAUUUUAAUUUUAAGCGCAAUCGCAUUGUUCACGCCCGAUAGGCCGAGAGUCGUGCAUGGCGACGUUAUUAAAUUGGAGCAAAAUUCGUACUAUUAUCUCCUCAGACGAUAUCUGGAGAGCGUUUAUCCUGGUUGCGAGGCCAGGUCCACAUUUCUCAAGUUAAUACAGAAGAUUUCCGAAUUGCACAAACUCAACGAUGAAGUCGUGGGAGUUUACUUGAACGUCAAUCCAUCGAGCGUAGAGCCGUUGCUUAUCGAAAUAUUCGACUUGAAGCACUAAUCAGCCGGUAAAGUGUCAUGUCAGUUUCGAUUUUCUGUUUAUGUAUAUUUUAAUUCAAACUAUAGAACUAGGAAACUCGCAUUACCGCCGGAACAUAUUCUUGGGAAUAUCCUAAAAAGAAAAACAGAAACGAUAUCAAAGGACUCGUUAGCUGAUUCCAAUAUUUAUGAGAGAUAUGAUCAUUGUAAGUUCUCUGCAUUGCCUCACUUGUAUAAACGAUAUAAUUUGUAACAAUACGAUUUUAAAUCUCUUCGAGCGAUAGAACGAAAAAUAUGUGUGUAGAACGUAGUUAAUUAGUUUGGUGUGAGACAAGAGGCCAAUUACACACGGACAUGUGAGCGAGACGCUCACGCGAGUCACACGUGAAAGCGAUAUAUCGAUGUUUAUCAGAAUUUAAUACCUCUCACUCUGAAACGAAACGCAUUUAUGCACGCGCGAUAUCUUUCGUCGGAAUAAACAAUGUCGAUUAAAGCAGAAUGCGCGCGCUCUGAUACGCGGUUUAAGAAUUAUUAACAGGAGUAGCAAUAUUUAGCUUCGCAAUAAGCACAUGCUAUAUCGUUACAUAUUUUGUGGAGUAUCUUUUGAGCUCUAUAUCAUUCUCAUUGCGUAUCCAAAGUAAACGUACGCGUACAACGACAGCGCAAUGAUUCCUAGAUGGCUGUUCCAACCAUGUUUCUCCCCCAGAGAGAUAGAGAUAUAUAUAUUUUUUUUAAUACUUCGGAGAAUCGUCAAACUUUACAUCUUAAGCAAGCGUGUUAUUUAUAUAACAAGGCCUGCGUUUACAAAAUCAAGAAUCUGCCGACUAUAAUCCGAUCGGACGUAUAGUGAUAUGGUACUAUAACGUAAUAUAGUACUGUAUUCCACACUUUUAUUAUUAUGGAUUACAUAUAGAGAUAUAUGUUGUUAAAGAAAUUCGUGCUUCGAAAGAAUGUAUUUUGAAGAAGCAAGAUUUUAAUGCAAAUUUUACGACAUAAAAUUACGAUAAUUUAGCUUUAACCAGAGUAUAUAUGUAAAUAAAUGCAAGAAGGGAUAUACUUGUACGAGUGUACGUGUUGUUGUUACAAUGUACACGAUAAAUUGUGAUAUACCCGGACAUAAAUAUAUUUUUCAAAAGGAUGUUGCACAUAACUACAUCGAUAAGUUCCUCGCGGCGUAGAUAAGGCCUUUCUACUACCGUAUAUUUAUUUAAUUUAUGGCAAUGAGAUAAGUGUUCAUGUGUCUCACUUACUGGGAUAUGAUACGUCCUCGAGUUUGUUAAUCAUCUGUGUUCAUUAUUUCUUGUCGGUAGAAGGCCGAGAAUGUACAAAAUGAUGAGCACUAUUACGGUGGUAGAGGCUACGAAGAAUAUCAAAUUGAGGAAAGAUAUGAAUAAAUAAAAGAAAACUUUAA